AUGGCCAAUCGGAUCAAAUGGUAUUUUAAUCAACAACACCCCAACAUCAACCCCGGCUUCCGGUUGCAACUUCCAGGGUGGGAAGAUUUCACACAUGCCGAGCCUAGUCGAGAUCAAUUGAGAGCUAGACCAAUCUUGAAACUUCUGGAAUUGUAUAUUUGGUACAUUGGUAAAGUCGUAUGCAUUCUCUUGUCUCUGGAGGACGUCAAAUAGGUUAGGAAAACGAAUUGAUAAGUGAUUGAACAACGCUUAUGCAAUUGUUCAAAUUUCCUGAUGAGAUUGUCUUUCCCCUUUCGGCGAAUAAUUGUAGCGAGUCUUGGCCACGCUAACCGAGCACACAAGGUGGGCAACAUCUACAAAUACCUACCAAGCCAACAAGGAGAUUAGGACCAUCCUAGACAAGGACACUGGACAACAAAUUGCUUGCACUCGAUGA